AUGGGGGACUGUACUAUUGCUUUGACUAGAGAAUUCAAAAAGAUGAAGCCACCAGUGUUUCAUGGUGGAAUUAAACCAUUGAAGGCCGAAGCUUGGGUAUUAGGGAUUGAGAAGUUGUUUGAAGUAUUCCCAUGUACCGAAGCUCAAAAGGCUCGUUUUCUAGAGAUCUUUUACGAGAAAUACUUUCCGCAAUGUGUACGGGACAUAAAAGUAUCUGAGUUCAUGGAACUCAAGCAGGGAAACAAAUCAGUUGCUGAGAAUGUUGUUUUGUAUGUUGAUGUACUACCUUUAGAUAUAAGACAUUUUGAUGUUGUUUUGGGUAUGGAUUGGCUAACUAAAUACUAUGCAACUAUUGAUUGUGCUUUGAAACGAGUAAUAUUCCGACCUCCCGGGCAAGACGAAUUUUAUUUUGAGGAAAAAGGGGUAGUUCCACCACCAUACCUUAUAUCUGCCAUGAAAGCCCGAAAACUAAUCAAUAAGGGUUGUCAAGGGUAUUUGUGUAGUGUAACAACCGAACCAACUAUGGACUUUAUUCUAGACAAUAUACUAGUGGUGAAAGAUUUUCCUGAUGUGUUUUCAGACGAAUUACCUAGCCAACUUGUUAUUAGAGAGAUUGAAUUUACAAUUGAUGUAAUAUUGGGCACACAACCAAUUUCUAAAACUCCCUACCGUAUGUCCACUAUUGAAAUGAAAGAAUUGGAAACUCAGUUGCAGGAAUUGCUUCAUAAAGGAUUUAUUCGUUCAGGUACUUCGUCGUGGGGAGCGCCAGUUCUUUUUGUGACGAAGAAAGAUGGGACCUUUCGACUCUGUAUUGAAUACAGAGAACUCAAUAAGGUAACAGUGAAGAAUAAAUAUCCGUUGCCACGUAUUGAUGAUUUAUUUGACCAGUUACAGGGGGCCUAG